AAGGUUCGCUGAAUUGUGAAUCAGUAGGGGAGAUCCCCUACUUUAUGCUCAUUGCUCAGUAAGUUCAGAAUCCAACGGCCCUUUCAAGCCCAACCCAAAACGCGGUUCCCCAACUUUUGCCAUUCUCAAGACUGUUCAAUAAAGCUUUCGAUUUUAGUAAAUAUUUUGGGGUCCUCCCGACGCACAAGGCAUCAUCAUCAUCAUCAUCGUCGUCGCAUCCCUGCUAGCCAAAUAAGAGAGUGAAAAGACGAACCCAGUCCGUCACUCACGGCUGAGACACCCGAAGAAGGGGUACAUCGUACACAGUAGCCUGACCCUUCUCCAUACUUUCUCACUCCACAUUUAAGGGCGCAGGUCUUUUCUUCAUACUCGGCCUCGACGCUGUGGAGUUGAGAAGUAAUGGGGAAGAAAGGAGGUGCCUCCUGGCUCACAGCUGUGAAAAGGGCUUUCAGAUCUCCUUCAAAAGACAGUGAGAAGAAGAGUAGCCGGCAAAGAGAAAGAGAUGAACAAGAAGAAGAAGAGGAAAAGAAGAGAGAGAAAAGGAGAUGGAUUUUUGGCAAAGCUUCGCACCAAGAGGCACAGAACAAGCAGCAAGCCAAGACACCGGUUUCAGUCGUUCCUGACCAAAGGCACGCCAUUGCAGUGGCUGUAGCCACUGCAGCCGCUGCAGAAGCAGCUGUAGCUUCAGCCCAAGCUGCAGUGGAAGUCGUUCGCUUAACCAGGCCUUCAAAUUUCAUGAGAGAAUAUUAUGCAGCCAUUAAAAUCCAAACUGCCUUUCGAGGCUACCUGGCUAGGAGGGCUCUGCGUGCCUUGAAGGGGCUAGUUAGGCUCCAAGCAUUGGUGAGAGGGCACAAUGUGAGGAAGAAGGCAAAUAUGACUCUAAGGUGCAUGCAGGCUCUGGUGAGAGUCCAGAGCAGGGUGCGUGAUCAACGCCUACGGCUCGCUGAGGAGAACAGAUUCACGGCCAGAAACUUCUGGGAAACCACCGAAAGAAAGUCCAUUUCGAGGGAUCGAAGCCGAAGCAGCAUAACAGAUGACUGGGACGACAGGCGUCAUACCAUUCAGGAAAUCCAUGCCAAAUUACAGAGCAAGAAAGACGCUGCUCUAAAACGGGAAAAAGCCUUGGCCUACGCCUUCUCACAUCAGCUCUGGAGAUCAGGAAGAAACCCAUGUCCAAUUGUAGAAGGAGAAGAAGACAUGUCAAACUGGAGUUCAAACUGGCUAGAACGAUGGAUGGCUUUGAGGCCAUGGGAAAGCAGGAGCCGAGCCUCCACUGACCACCGAGACCCCAUCAAAACUGUUGAAGUCGACAUGCAACGGUCCAGAUCCUCAGCCACCCAUGAAAUCUAUCAGAGCAGAAAAGACCAACACCCCACUUCCUCUUGCGGUGUCUCUUCUCCCCUUCACAGAACGCACAUUCACCACAGUUCACUAAAUCAAUCACCUGUCACUCCUUCUUCUUCGAAAACCAGACCAACCCAAGUCAGAUCAGCAAGCUCUAGGUGCACAAGAACAACAGAAGAAGAGAAAAACUUGGUCUAUACACCAGCUUCAAAUUACAAUGGCCAUUAUAGAACUGAUUAUGUUCAGGCCGUGCCAAACUAUAUGGCUCCAACCGAGUCCGCAAAGGCGAGGCUGAGGUCGCAAAGCGCGCCUAGACAGAGGCCUGGUACACCGGAGAGAGAGAGAGGAAGCUCGGUUCGGAAGAGACUCUCUUUUCCUGUUCCCCCUAAUACUUACUCUGCCUUAUCUUCUUCUGGGUUUUCCCAGAGCUUGAGGAGCCCCAGCUUCAAGAGUGUACCCCCUGGUGCUCUAGGAUUUGAUCACUCCAACUUCUCUUCGUGUACAGAGAGCUUUGCUGGGGAGACCUCGCCUUCUUCUACUGGAGAUCUCAGGAGAUGGUUAAGGGGAUGAGUAAAUAAUUUGAGUAGAUAGAUUAGAGGUGUUUUUUCUUUGAAUUAACAUGUGUUUUUUUUUGUUCACAAUGACUAUCUCGAGUUUCGUUUGUUUUCGGCGAAGCGAAAUGGAAAUCAUUAUGAGUAGAGAGAGAGGCAAAGAUCAUUUUUAA